UAACACUUGGGAAGUGGGAAACACUUCCGCGUCAGUGUAUGUCAGUGAGGGCAGUUGUAGCUACGUGUAAAAAAAAUGGUAUUGCGGGAAAAAAAUAGUUGAUUGGUUCGAUGUACUAGCAUUUUUAGUUUUGGGGGAAUACGGUUCAUGUCUUUCUGUAGGCCCUGGAAUGGAAAAUGGAUUGCUGUUUAUGUGAAAUCGUUCUAGCUUUUGCUGCUGUAGCCCUGAUUUGUUUAAUUUUGGUGUUAUUAGUAGCACAUUUUAGUGCGUCUAAAAUUGUUGACCUGAAACGUCACGAGAAGGAAAAAACUUUCCUGACUAAUGAAGGGAAAAAAGAAGCUUUUCCAAGUCUCCACGACCCCCAUUCCAAAGACCUCUCAGUGAUAGUGCCCUCAUACAAUGAAGAGCAGAGAUUGCCUUUGAUGAUGAAUGAGGCUUUGGAGUAUUUGGAAAACAGACAGAAGCGGCAGCGUUCCUUUACUUAUGAAGUGAUAAUUGUCGAUGAUGGCAGUAAAGAUAAAACCACCGAGGUGGCUUUAAAUUACACAAGGAAAUGCGGCGCUGAUAAAGUGAGAGUGCUGACACUGACGAAGAACCGUGGGAAGGGUGGAGCAGUCCGGAUGGGUGUCCUGAGCUGUAGAGGAGAGCUCAUCCUGAUGGCAGAUGCUGAUGGGGCCACGAAGUUUGCUGAUAUUGAGAAAGUGGAGGCCAGCCUUAAAGACCUCAGUCCAAAGCCGGUGAGUUUCAGUCGGUUAACAGCUGUACAAUAUAUUAACAUUCAGAACAGCUUACAAUAACUCUUAUAGAAUUCAUUAGUAUUCUUUUGCCUCCAUUGCCUGGUCUGGUUCUUCUGUGUGAAGGGGAUCAGGGACACACAGUGUGGAUUCAAGCUUUUCACAAGAGAGGCUGCCUUAAGGACUUUUUCUAGCCUCCAUGUGGAGCGCUGGGCAUUUGAUGUGGAGCUUCUCCACAUAGCCCAGUGCUUGAAGAUACCUAUAGCAGAAGUUGCCGUUAAUUGGACAGAAAUUGAAGGAUCUAAACUGGUCCCUUUUUGGAGCUGGUUGCAAAUGGGAAAGGACCUGAUUUUUAUCAGACUGAGAUACAUCACUGGUGCCUGGAAGCUGGAGCCCCCAAGAAAAGUGGAUUAACGCUACUCUUAGUCAAAUGAGAUUCACAUGCAGAAACUUGGUUUUUCCAAGCAUCUGAUACAAACAUUAAAACUAGUUUUAAUCAAAUCAUUCUUUAAUAUCUGUUACCUUUUUUAUACUGUCAAAGAGAUGCAUAAAUAAAUGGAUGAAUACAAUUAUUAGGGGGUCCUUUUAAGUGAUUUGCAUCAGGUGAAGCCCACUUGCUGUUUUCAGAAUGGUUUUGGUUAUAUGGCUUUUUUUCUGUUGACUGAAAACACUGGACGACUUGAACCAAAUAAAAAGUCUGAAAAUGAAAUAAGUGCUUUUUUCGUAGUAGUGUAUGUGUUAAGACAGCUGUUAAAUGAUUAUUAUUAAAAUGUUGGCACUGUUGUUUCACUAAGUUGAAUGCUUUAGUUAGUCCUGGCUGGCAUAAAAACUUGAGAACCAAUUUCUCUUGGGAGAUUCUUGGGAGUUGUGAUAAGUAGACUCAUUUUAUUGACUCUGUGGAGAAGGUCAAUGCCCAGUGCUUUCAAAGUAACAAAUAUUGAAGUUUGUUAAAAGUUGCUAAUCUGUUAUAUAAAAAAGACUGAAAAUAUCAGUUAAUAUAACUUAAAUUAGUGUUGUGAAAAACCCAUUUCCUAUGCUCUUUUUUGUCCUUUUUCUGAUCGAUUUAUCAGAGCACUGCAUGAGCUUGGGUAAUGCAGUUAUAUUUCUGUGUAAUAUUUAUAGAAAAUAACUUGUAUUUUUGUUGAUUGUGAUGUCUGAUCAGUAUGAACAUUUCAUUUUUCUGCUCAUAUACCUCUGAAAACAUGUCCAUUUUGUCAGUAAUAACACAAAUAAGGAGAUCGUUCAUGAUUUAAAUAAGACACCUCCCCUAAUAAAUUCAUACUAUAGACCUCUGUAGACUUUGCUAUUAAUAUUAUGUUAUUUAAACCUGUGCAGUAAGAAGAUAUACAUGGAAAAUAACUUUUUUUGUAAAAACAGAUGAUGCACAGCCUGCAGUGAUAAUUUAGAAAUAAAGUACAAAUAGUUUGAUACAGGUGGUCGUAUUUGAACACAAUAGGUUAUCUAUCAGGGAUGAAACUUCCAAUUUCUAUGAUCACGCACCGAUCCCUGAUGAGAUACUGAUUCACAAAGGUGGUGUUUGAUAGAUGGCAAUCUGGAUGGAAUGCGUUAAGGAUGUCUUUUGUCUGUAGUUUGCAUUAAAGUGUCCCGAACUAC